AUGUCAAAGACCAUCACCUUCUUCGGCGCCUCAACUGGCUGCGGCAACUUUGCCCUCAAGGCAGCACUCGCACAAGGCCACACCUGCAUCGCCCUGCUCCGCUCCCCAGCCAAGCUCGCCGACCUCGCUGCUUCAAACCCCAACCUCAUCAUUCGCGAGGGCAACGCGCACGAUGCCACCGCCGUCGCAAAAUGCCUGACCAUCCCCGGCGAUGACUCUCGCCUGGUUGACGCCAUCCACUUCUCCAUUGGCGGCACAAUGGAUCCCAAGACCUUCAAGUUCACUGACCCCGAUGUCUGCAAGAACGGUAUCGCCGGUCUCCUCGAGGCCCUCACCACUCUCCGCCGUGAUUGGAAUGCUGUCGGCAACCCCCUUCUCGCUGUCGUUAGCACCACCGGCAUCUCAGAUCAGAAGCGAGACUACCCCCUGGCCUUUUACCCUCUGUACCACUGGAUGCUCGCUACGCCACACGCAGACAAGAAGGUCAUGGAAGAGCGUCUCAGGGCUGGCACAGAGCGUUUUGUAAUUGUGCGCCCCAGUCUGCUGAUUGAUGGCGACAAGGAAGGCGUCAAGGUACGGGAAGGGCUGGAGGAUGUCCGCAAGGGCAAGCUGGAGAAGGAGGAAGUUGGAUACACCAUCUCACGGGCCGCCGUGGGCAGGUGGAUCUACGAGAAGCUGCUCAGCGUAGAUGAAGGAGCCGUUCGGGACUGGGAGGGUAAAGCUGUGUCCAUUACAUGGUAG